AGUAAUCAGAAAUUUGUUUACGUAUAUGUCAGUAACGCUUUUAUUUCAAAACCCUUAGAUAUUACACCGAUUUGUAAAUGUGAGCACGUCUGAUGUGGAAUAUUUGAUAAAACAUAUUUUCCAGCGCCGCGACUUUUCCAAAAUUAUUGAGUUUCCUGAUCAUCUCGCCCGUGUCGACUAAAAUUCGCCUCCAUUCCCUAGCAUUCCGAUGGAGUACAGCUAUAGCAUUGGCUCCACGUCGCCAGUGUUCAUCAGCCAAUGUGCCCCGUAUAACUUUCUGCGGGAAUACCGCCUAGCCUGCGAUUGUAGGAAUAUACCAGCUGUCACACUGGUUAGGGAAGCCCGCAACGCUUGGCACGCACUUAGUGACCAGGAGCAGUCCUUGUUCGAGGAAGUCCCCUAUCUGAUGGCCCAAUUCGGACAAUCCAUCGAGUCGGCAAUGAGGUUAACCGUCAAUGUCCUGUCGCCUCAGCAAGUCAUAGUGCGAAGGACACGCUCUGAUGAGCGGUUAAGUAAGCGUAGAAUCCGUCGUGGAAAUGCCAAGACGCAUAGGAAGAAGCGGCAGCAGAAGAUGGGUGCAGCCAGCAGGAUGCGAAGUCCAGGGAUUGGAAGUACCAGGUGUCGGGCAAGCACCUAAACUUCCCAAUUUCUCUGGGAAAAUCCCGCCUCUUCAAAACUAAAAUGAUGGAUAUGGUAGGAAUGAAAAAUAUAGGUACAC